AUGACCGCCUUCAUCUCAGAUGCUGCUGCUUUGGAGGCAGCAGGGAAGAAGCAGGUGCUAAAGAGGGAAUGGAAUUUUUGGGCAUUGUUGGGUAUGUCGGCAUGCACUCUGUGUACGUGGGAAGCCACGAGUGCUCUAUUCGCUGGUGCUUAUAGCAACGGCGGGCCUGCUUCUGUCGUCUACGGAUUUAUCGUGUCCGUUCUGGGAACCUUGUGCAUCGCAGGUUCUUUCGCUGAGAUGGCAUCUAUUUCGCCAAUUGCUGGAGCUCAGUAUCAUUGGAGUGCUGAGCAUUCACCAGUCAAAUGGCGUGCCAUCAUCAGCUAUGUUCAAGGCUGGGUCACCAUCACCGGCUGGGUCGCAGCUGUGGCGUCAGUAUGCUACUUGAUCGCAACCAUGAUUCAGGGGGUAGCGAUCCUCAACUAUUCCGGCUACGAAGCGAAGAGGUGGCACGCAACACUCAUGAUGAUUGGAUUCGCCGGGGUCGCCGCACUGGGAAACACCUAUGGCAAGAAAUUUCUGCCGCUGUGGGAGACCUUGGGAGGGUUUCUUCAUGUGUUAUUCUUCUUCAUCGUUUUUAUCGCCAUUCUAGCCACUAGCACAAAGGCCAGCGACAAAGAUGUUUGGGGGACCUUUAUCAACGCCGGCGGUUGGAGCAGUGACGGUGUCAGCUUUUGCAUUGGAUUCCUCACCCCGGCUUUUGCGCUCGCCGGGGUAGACGCGGUCGUCCACAUGAGCGAGGAAGCGUACAACGCUCCUCUCAAUAUUCCUCGUGCGAUGAUUUGGUCAGUCACAAUCAAUGGAUUGGCUGGCUUUGCAUAUAUCAUCACGAUUCUCUACGCCAUCACCGAUACGGAUGCGGUUUUUGCGACGCCUACUGGUUACCCUAUAAUUGCUGUUUUCCUGGAAGCCACCGGCAACCAGAAAGCGGCAACGGCGAUGAUGACUGGUGUUAUCAUUGUUUUCACCAUGAACCUCUUUGGGUGCACAGCAUCUGUCUCGCGCCUUAUCUGGGCUUUUGCAAGAGACCAUGGUCUUCCGUUCUCCCGCUUCUUCUCGCACAUUACCCCUUGGAACAAAUGUCCUACGAACGCUGUUCUCUCGAUAUUCGUCUCUGUCUCCCUCCUCUCUCUCAUCAACAUAGGGUCAACCACUGCUUUCAAUGCCCUGAUCUCCCUGACAACAUUGGGCUUUUAUUUCUCCUAUGCGAUCCCGACCGUCAUGUUCGCAAUCCGACGAUACAAUCCCUCCAACCCCAUUAAUUUCGGUCCCUGGACUAUGGGCAAAUUCGGUCUACCCGUCAACGUUCUUGCAGUCACAUUCUGCAUUUUCCUCAUCAUUUUCUUGCCAUUUCCGCCAUUCCUGCCCGUCACUGGACAGAACAUGAACUACGCUUCCCCUGUGUUCGGAUUCGUCAUGAUUUGUGCUACCGUCAACUAUAUCCUCCGAGCUCGCAAGAAAUUUACUGGUCCAAUUAAGGAAGUCGGCAGCGAAACCAGCAGCGAGGAGUUUGCCCAUGAGAAUGUCGUUCCAGAGAAGUAG